CAACAAAUGUUCGCCCCUCCCGCAGAAUCCUACAAAUACACUGCCCAGUCUUGCCCCGAAGCCACCUCAUGUGGCUGCGAAUGGGCAAGGCGCGGUUGCGGUGUUGCGAGCGCGGCCAGGUCUACCUGCACGGCCCCCAGCUGAAGUGACCAACGUGCGCUUCGCCUACGCGCCCAACGCGCCAGCGCCCACGUUCCAACACCCCGCGCCGCAGCUGGUGCCUCUCUCCACGCUAGCGCGCAACCAGCACGGCGCCGGCCCACAGCAGCCCAACACCGAAAGCGGCGGCGGCACAGACAACAGCCCUGCGAGGCAAAGCCAUUCAUCUGACCCUGUUGAGCAGCAGCUGCAGCCCUGGAGCAGCCAUAACAGUAGCUUUGGCAGGGGCGGCGGCACAAGCACGGCGCUUUUCAAUGCCGGAGGCGCCCGCUGCUACUGCCGUGAUCCCGCCGCACGAUGCGCCGUACGAUCCGGCUGGGGAGGACUGGGUUGUCACGGGCUGCGUGGACGGCUGCAUCCGGCUUUGGCACGUGCCCAGCCGCACACUGCUCCGGGCCAUGUCGGGUCACAGGGACGUGGUGUGGUCAGCCGCUGAAGCUGAGGUCAAGCCGCAGCCAAAGCACAUCAUGCCUAGCAUCUGGGCCGCCGCCAUGCAGGACGCGGCCGACGAUGCAGUGGAGGAGGGCAUCCGCAAGCAGCUGACCAGCAGCACCGCCGCCGACAAGCUGGACUCCACCGGGCUCAACCUCAAGUCCGCCUGGUGCGCCUUCACGAUGGCGACACCGCCUCUCGAGGCCAUGGACUUCAUCAAGCUGAAGAUCCGCCCGCCGGGCAAGCCCGAGUUCGUGUUGGACCCCGACCGAUCCAUCGACCUGAAGGUGUAUUUCUUCGGCGACGGAGACGACGGUCAGACAACCACUGUCGCGCUCCCAUCCCUCGAACCCCUGAACCGCGCCUUCGAGGGUGGGCUCACUGCGCACUAUCGUGAUGCGGCCGAGCUGGCGCUGGGCCUGACGGCGGUCCGCAAGGGCUAUAUCAGCAUGAACUCGGGCGAGGUCACGGCAAUCUCGUCCACCCCUCCGCCGACACCCCUUCCGCUGGUCACCGACGCUGCGGCCGCCGCAAGCGGUAGCACCAGCGGCGUUGGCACCCGCCGCACCAUCAGCAGCAGUGGCGGUGGCGCCAGCGGCAGCUCCAACGGCGAAGGCGCCCACGACACCUGCAGCAGCAGUGGCGGUGGCGCCAGCGGCAGCAGCAGUGGCGGUGGCGCCAGUGCCAGCAGCAGUGGCGGUGGCGGCUCCAGCGUUGGCGGAACCCCUCCCAUGCUGGUACCCAACGUGGACGACCCAACACUGGCGGCUGAAAUCAUGCCUGUCGGUCAGAAAAGCGUAGCGGACGCCUGACCACCACCGGUGGACAAUUUUGUCGCAAGUUAAAUGCUUUUGUCGAGGGCUGGGAAGGUGCGCUGCUUCCCAGCAGUACCCUGCGCCGCCGUAUGAGACGUCGGCGGUAUCUAUUUUCUCACGCCACUGGUUCGCUUGAUAGGUCUAGGCGGGUAAGAUAGCAGGCAGGGUUGCGCCCUGAGCGGGUGGUGCAGAUACAGGCCUGCAGCCGUGGCAGAGGCUGUCUCACUCAACCCUGCUGCCGCCCUGAGAUGAAUGCAAGUACGUACGGUGUAAGGCAAGCAGUAGACUGCCUUCGGCGUACCCUUUAAUGAGGUGCCGAGCGCGGUCUGCGGUCGCGGGGCUGCUUGAGUCUACAGAUAAGCUUGAAGGCGGUCACUGCGGCUGCGGUUGAGCAGGACAGAAACAGUAGUCGGUGACGCCGAUGGGAAACCGAAACACAAGCGCAGGAAGCAGUCGAGCGAGGAACCCGAUAGCUAGCAAAGAAGAAGGGGAGGCUGGAGAGAUGCCCAGCAUGCGCAUGAGCACGGCUGCUCGUUUUGGGCACGGGGUGCGAGGUUACUGCUGCACAGGGUGUAUGAGUCGAUUGUGGACAUAUGGUGGGCUUGCAGGCACCCCCGCAUGGUACGGGCCCAUGUGCGUGGGAUGUAGCUAGUAGGGGAGGCUGACUGUUAGUUGCUUUGCCUAGGGUUUAAGGGGCUGAGAUAGGGUAAGGAGACGACUGCCACGCGUGAGCUGCUAAGAUAGAGGUGCCGGUUGGUUUCUUGACGACUUGACAGUCCUCAUGUGAAGAGCGCGGCUUUCCCUGUGGCUUGUGGGCGUGAGUUUUGUUGCUCAACAGAGUCCAUGCGAGUAGUAAUGAAAGGCUGCUGGGCGUGCCGUGCUGUGGUGCACGGGUCUUUAGCCAUUAAGUUCAUUGGUCUGA